UUGAAGCUCAUACAUAUUCCUGCGUCCACUACCACCAUCAAAGAACCUCUGGAGCUCAGAAAGACACACAGAGAAGUUUCUUUGCUCGGUCUCCAGUGCCAAAAACCGACCCAUCUUAAAAUUCCUAUCUUUCUGAUUUCCUUUUGCUGGUCCGUUCCACUGUUGGACUAAAGGAGAGACCUUUGAGUAGAAAAAGGCCGAAAGGUACAACCUUUCCUUCUGGUUUUGAGAUAAAUGUUGAAUCCAAAGAGCCAAUAGACCAACUUCUAUCUUCUCAGUUCCUUCUUUUGCCACCAUUAUCAACAAGACUUCAAACUCCGGAAGAAACUUGGAAGUUCUAUAGUAGUUAUUAGAAUCAGAGGAGGCUAGAGAGUGGGGAAUGGACAACCAGCAGCCACACUCGUUUCCACAAGCUCCCUUCCAGCACCUCCUCCAGCAGCAGCACCAGCAGCUCCAGAUGUUCUGGAACUACCAGCGCCAGGAGAUCGAGCACGCGACCGACUUCAAGAACCACCAGCUCCCCCUCGCCCGCAUCAAAAAGAUCAUGAAAGCCGAUGAAGAUGUCAGAAUGAUAUCGGCCGAGGCUCCCAUCCUCUUUGCCAAGGCCUGCGAGCUCUUCAUUCUUGAGCUCACCAUCCGGUCUUGGCUCCACGCCGAGGAGAACAAGCGUCGGACCCUGCAGAAGAAUGACAUUGCCGCGGCGAUCACAAGGACCGAUAUAUUCGACUUCCUUGUGGACAUUGUUCCGAGAGAUGAGAUCAAGGAGGAAGGGCUGGGACUGGUGGCAGGUGGCAGUGGUGGUGCUGCUGCUCCUGGGGUGCCAUACUACUAUCCUCCAAUGGGGCAGGCUGGGUCAGGUGUGAUGAUGGGCCAGCCAGCGGUGGCUGGGAUCGAUCCAUCGAUGUACAUGCAUCGCCCGGCGCAGGCUUGGCAGCCGAUGUGGCAGCAGGGGAUGGCGGAGGAUGGGUCGUAUGGUGGCGAGGGGCAGGGUUUGGAUGGGCAGGCCUAUGUUGCCCAUCCCCCUCCCCCUCCCCCACCUCCGCCCGGUCCUUAGAAUGGAGAAAAAGGAACAGAUAUGUUCCUUCCAGUGUUUUUCAUUGAGAUUCUGAGUCUGCAGGUGCAAUUUAUGCGACGUUGAUUGUGAUUUUAAACUUUGAAAUCAUGUCACUUAAUAGUUAUGAAUUUCUGAUAUGAAUGGUUCUUUCUAUGAUA